GGCCAAGCUGUCCUCGGUGGGGAGCAUCUCGGAGGAGGAGACAUGCGAGAAGCUCAAGGGCCUGAUCCAGAGGCAGGUGCAGAUGUGCAAGCGGAACCUGGAGGUGAUGGACUCGGUGCGCCGCGGCGCCCAGCUCGCCAUCGAGGAGUGCCAGUACCAGUUCCGGAACCGGCGCUGGAACUGCUCCACACUCGACUCCCUGCCUGUCUUCGGCAAGGUGGUGACUCAAGGGACUCGGGAGGCGGCCUUCGUGUACGCCAUCUCUUCAGCAGGUGUGGCCUUCGCGGUGACACGGGCAUGCAGCAGUGGGGAGCUGGAGAAGUGUGGCUGUGACAGGACAGUCCACGGGGUCAGCCCCCAGGGAUUCCAGUGGUCAGGAUGCUCAGACAACAUCGCCUAUGGUGUGGCCUUCUCACAGUCAUUCGUGGACGUGCGGGAGAGAAGCAAGGGGGCCUCGUCCAGCCGGGCCCUCAUGAACCUCCACAACAACGAGGCCGGCAGGAAGGCCAUCCUGACACACAUGCGGGUGGAGUGCAAGUGCCACGGGGUGUCAGGCUCCUGCGAGGUGAAGACGUGCUGGCGAGCCGUGCCACCCUUCCGCCAGGUGGGCCACGCGCUGAAGGAGAAGUUUGAUGGUGCCACUGAGGUGGAGCCACGCCGUGUGGGCUCCUCCAGGGCACUGGUGCCACGCAAUGCACAGUUCAAGCCGCACACAGAUGAGGACCUGGUGUACUUGGAGCCCAGCCCAGACUUCUGCGAGCAGGACAUGCGCAGCGGUGUGCUGGGCACAAGGGGCCGCACGUGCAACAAGACGUCCAAGGCCAUCGACGGCUGUGAGCUGCUGUGCUGCGGCCGCGGCUUCCACACGGCACAGGUGGAGCUGGCUGAGCGCUGCAGCUGCAAAUUCCACUGGUGCUGCUUCGUCAAGUGCCGGCAGUGCCAGCGGCUGGUGGAGCUGCACACGUGCCGGUGACUGCCGCCCAGCCCACGCCAGCAACCGCCUAGUGGCCCGGGGAAGGCCGAUAAUUUAAACAGUCCCCCACCACCUA